AUGAGCAGCGCGCUAGGAGGGCUACAGCCGAUACAGCCGAUAGCCAUCAAUCCGGCCACACUCUCUGGUCUCGCACAGCACAAUCAAGUCCAUAGUCAUAACGGCCAGGCUGGUCCAUCUUCAGAAAAUGGAAUACCAUUAGCACCUGCGCCUGCUCCACCGCGUCGCGUUGCGCCUGCACCAAAACGGAAACGGAGUAACUCGAACGAGAUGGUCGACACCACGAAUGGACAGGCCACUUCCAACGGCAAAUCUAAGGAUGGCCCCAAGAAGAAAAAGGCCAGUAGAGCCUGCGCUCUGUGCCAGAAGGCGCACUUGACUUGCGACGAUUCACGCCCAUGCCAACGAUGCGUAAAACGCGGGGUUGCAGAGCAAUGUGUUGAGGGUCAUCGCAAACGAGCAAAGUACCUCCUCGACGAAGAGGAAAUUGAACAACUCAAGCGCAAGAAGUCCGGCGAUGUUGCGGCCUCAGCACAACAUCCCCAGCCAACACCUAUCGCGCCCGCCCCGCCUCCGCCUCCGCCAGCACAAUUACCCCCUUUGCUAUCCUCGCAGCCCCCGCCACCAAUCUCUGCGACGACAUCAACAGAUCCCUUCCCAUCGUCAGAUCCAUUGUUCAGUUCUUCGUUGAGUUUCGACCCCACAUUCAGUUUCGGCUCAGAAGCCGCCAAUCUCGAAUACUCGAUCUUGUCUGCCAUACUCGGCAAACCCUCGCCGGAGUCGCAACCGGAGGCGUCGACGAAUUCACCAGCGUCAGCACCACCGAAUCCAACAGACUUCAAUGCCUGGGACCCUUCUGUCUUCGCAUCUGGCGCUAGCGCCUCCGCGACGACAUUCGAUACAUCACCAGGCGGGCUCUACACCACCGGCGAAGACUUCCCAGGCGCCAACUUUCUCGCUUCGCCGGCUAUGGCCAGUAGUCUGCAACCUGCUCCAGCUCCUACGUCCGCAGACCAGUCCUCAGUCGUAGGGGCCGCUCUGGAGUCGGUGUCACAACCCUUACAUCCGCUCGCACCGCGUCUGCCCCCCUCUACUGCCGACUCAUCAUACGUGUUUGGCCCUGCGGCGUUCGACCGACAUGAUGGACACACCGAGAUUGAAGGUCCCGGCGUUGGAGCGGUCGCACGCGGGGAUGAGGUCUAUGGCGCCGUGACCAAGGCUUACGACUACACCAAGGGUUAUCACCUCCUGAUGCAGACCAUCCGUCACAGAUUCGACAAGAACGAUAUCUUGCGCAUUGUGCGCGCCUUGGCGAUCUUUCGACCUUCCCUUAUCGCUCUUCAAAUGCCACUCACGGAAGAAGACGAAGUCUUCGUAGAAAAGUCGCUCCAGCGCUCGCUCAUCGAACUAGACAAACUGAUAUCAUACGUCGGUACGCCGACCGUCGUCUGGCGCCGCACAGGCGAAAUAUGCUUGGUCGGUCCGGAGUUUUGCAUGCUCACUGAAUGGCCCAAAGAAGAACUGCUUGGGAAAAACAAGUAUAUCUGGGAGCUCUUCGAAAACCAAUCGGUUGUUGAGUACUGGGAAAACUUUGCGACACACGCAUUCGAAAACACCACCCAGUCUGUAUAUUCCCACUGCGUGUUGCUGAAGCCCGACGGAACGCCGGUACCUGCGACCUUCUGCUUCCACAUACGACGCGACAUCUUCGACUUGCCUAGUCUAGUUAUCGGUCAGUGGCUGCCGCUGCUAUAG